AUCCAGACCUCGCCAAAGUCUUGAAAUCGCAUCGAUCUGAACUCAUUUCAGUAAAAGGUUAUAGAGAUAAGCUACUUUUAGACCGGAAUUCACGACUUGACGCCUCUACGAAAACAAAACAAAACAAAAGGAACGAGACACGAUGGCAGGACCUAGCAUUAACCCAGGGGGAUCGGAAAGCAACUUUACGGACAAGGGGAAGCCCAUGGAGGUCCGAUUGUCCAACAUGAACGCUGCCAAGGCCGUUGCCGAUGCAGUACGGACGUCUUUGGGACCCAAGGGAAUGGACAAGAUGAUCCAAACCGGAAACGGAGAGGUGGUCAUCACAAACGACGGAGCUACCAUCUUGAAGCACAUGGCUGUAUUGCACCCUGCUGCCCGAAUGCUUGUCGAGCUGUCGGCUGCACAGGACAUCGAGGCGGGAGACGGUACCACCUCGGUUGUAGUUCUCGCUGGCAGUUUAUUGGCUGCUGCCGAAAAGGUCUUGUCGCAGGGCAUCCACCCUACCAUCAUCGCUCAGUCCUUCCAAAAGGCCGCUGCCAAAGCUGUCGAAUACCUCACUGAAAUGUCCACCCCGGUCAACUUGGACGACAAGGAGAACUUGCUCCGAGCAGCGAGCACGAGUUUGAAUUCGAAGAUUGUCUCUCAAUACUCUUCAGUCCUCGCUCCCAUCGCCGUACAAGCCGUAUCUCGGCUCGUCACACCCGAGGCGUCGAACGUCGACUUGCGUGAUAUCAGGAUCGUGAAAAAGGUUGGAGGCACCAUCGAUGACACUGAACUGAUCGACGGACUGGCGUUGAACCAGACCGUCGUUAGCAGUGCCGGUGGUCCCAACCGGAUCGAAAAAGCCAAGAUCGGGUUGAUUCAGUUCCAGUUGAGCUCUCCCAAGCCGGACAUGGACAACCAAAUCGUCGUAAACGACUACCGACAGAUGGACAAGAUCUUGAAGGAAGAACGUCAAUACCUCUUGACCCUGUGCAAGAAGAUCAAGAAGACUGGCUGCAACGUCUUGUUGAUCCAGAAAUCCAUCCUCCGAGACGCUGUCAACGAGCUCUCCCUGCACUUCCUCGCCAAACUCAAGAUCAUGGUCAUCAAGGACGUCGAGCGGGACGAGAUCGAAUUCAUCUCCAAGUCGACCGGAUGCAAACCUAUCGCCGAUAUCGAUGGAUUCACCGAGGACAAGUUGGGUUACGCCGACCUGGUCGAAGAGGCUCAGACCAAGAACGAUGGUGCAAAGGUGGUCAAGGUGACCGGAGUCAAGAAUCCAGGGAAGACGAUCAGUAUCAUCUGUACCGGUGCCAACGGAUUGGUGCUUGAGGAGAGCGAGAGGAGUUUGCACGACGCUCUAUGUGUCGUAAGGUGUUUGGUCAAGAAGAGAGCCUUGAUCGCCGGAGGCGGGGCUCCCGAGAUUCAUGUUUCGCGCUUGCUCACCCAAUACGGCCAGACGCUGCGAGGCAAAGAGGCGUAUUGUUUCCAAGCGUUUGCUGAAGCGCUCGAAGUCAUCCCGACUACGCUCGCCGAGAACGCCGGUUUGAACCCGAUCGCUAUCGUUACCGAGUUGCGAAACAGGCAUGCUCUGGGCGAGAAGAACGCUGGAAUCAACGUUAGGAAGGGCUUGAUCUCGAACAUUCUCGAGGAAAACGUCUUGCAGCCCUUGUUGGUCUCAACGAGCGCUAUCGAGCUAGCGACCGAGACGGUAGCACUCAUCCUUCGUAUUGACGAUAUCCAGUUCACAAGAUAGAAAGGCAGACCAGGAGUGCAGGCCGACGAGGUGGAUUAUCAACGUUUGGAGGUUUCACAUGAUUGACGACGACGAUGUAAAUAUCCGCUAGAGAUGGACGAUCUUGCCAUGUUAGUCCGAUGUUAGCGAAGCUUGUCGGGAUCGUAAGGAGAGAGGGAGGGGCAUGAACGGCUCGUCGCCGAGGCGAUGCCGUAAAGGGUGCGGUUCGAGGAAACGCAUCCGAUGUGUGAUGAUCAUUCCAUCCAGCGUCCAGCGAGAGAGCACUUUGGCCCUGCAGUACCUCUCCUCGGUCGUCGUCAC